UACUUUCAAUCGGAGAAGUAAACCAGAAGCAAAAAUCUCAGGCAACAACAACACUACUCCCUCACAACCACACUAACAAACCAACCCCACAAAAAUGGCGACGACAACACGGCAGCGGCGCACUCAGCCGUCAGAUCAACCAGCAGCACCAUCAUCAACAUACUCCAAGCUCAACAAGCCAUCCAAACACGGCGGCGAAGGCGGCGGAGACGACGGUGGUUUAGGGUGGGGAUUACCAUUGUUUGCCCUUGGAAUGCUGCGAUAUUUGAGCGCAACUUCCAACAUUAUUCAUGAUUGCGAUGAAGUCUUCAAUUACUGGGAACCUUUGCAUUUUCUUCUUUAUAAGUCUGGCUUUCAGACUUGGGAGUACAGUGCUGAAUAUGCUCUGAGAUCAUAUCUGUACAUCGUAUUCCAUGCUAUUGCAGGCGGACCAAUUUCCUUUUUAUUUGAAGACAAGGUCAGAGUAUUUUAUGCUGUGAGGCUCUUUCUAGGGCUUAUCUCUGUCGUUACAGAUGCAUUUCUUGUUGUAGCUCUCUCGAGAAAGUACGGGAAACGUCUUGCCUCUUACACCCUUGCGAUGCUUUGCUUAACAAGUGGAUGCUUCUUUGCUAGCACAAGUUUCUUGCCAAGCUCAUUCUCGAUGUAUGCUAUGUCCCUUGCAUCUGCAUUGGCUCUUUUGGAAAAACCAGCAAUGGCAGUUUCUGUUGCAGCUAGUGGGGUUAUUAUUGGGUGGCCCUUCUCAGUGUUAGCUUUUCUGCCUGUUACAUUGUUCUCUUUGCGUAAGAGCUUGAAACAAGCAUUUAUUUCAGGAACAAUCAUUUCUGUUGCUCUGCUGGUUCUCUCAGCUGUUGUUGAUCACUACUAUUACAAAAAAUGGACAUCAUCUGUGCUGAAUCUGCUGCUGUAUAAUGUGUUGGGAGGUGGUGAAAGCCACUUAUAUGGAACUGAAGGACCAUUGUUUUAUCUAAGGAAUGGAUUCAAUAAUUUUAAUUUUUGCUUUGUCAUUGCUUUGCUGUUUCCUGUGACGUUGCUUGUGCGUGCUGUGCGGAAGAAGUAUGUUCCAGAGUUGUUAGUUAUCAUCUCACCUGUUUAUAUUUGGCUUGGAUUUAUGUCCCUGCAGCCACACAAGGAAGAAAGGUUUCUUUAUCCGAUAUAUCCACUAAUAUGUGUGGCUGCAUCAGCUUUUAUUGAAAUUAUGCCUGAUUUUUUCCGUGAUAAGUACAACCCUAAUGAUAGUUCUGCGCUUGUUAUGAUUGCAAAAUUUGUCAGGCCACUGAUCCUCGGCUUUAUACUGUGUGUCUCCCAUUCACGUACUUUCUCUUUGAUCCAUGGGUACUCAGCUCCUAUUGAGAUCUAUAAGCAUUUGCAGUACCAUGAGGAUGCUGGAUAUGGUUCUACCCUCUGUGUUGGAAGUGAAUGGCACAGAUUCCCUUCUUCGUUUUUUAUUCCUGACUAUGUGGCUCAAGUGCGCUGGAUUGAUGAUGGAUUCCGGGGUCUUCUUCCUUUCCCAUUUAAUUCAACAUUUGGUGGAACUUCAGCAGCACCUUCUUAUUUUAAUAACAAGAACAAAGCAUCUGACAAACAAUAUCUCCAGGAUCUUGAAAUCUGUACCUUGCUUGUUGAACUUCACUUGAAACGCCCCUUUGCAUAUCGUGGUAGUGACUUGUCAACAUGGGAGGUUGUUGCGGCAUUGCCUUACUUGGAUAGAGAGCUCUCGCCAUCCUUGCAUCGUUCAUUCUUCAUCCCAUACUUUUGGCAGGAAAGAAAUGUUUUCGGCUUGUAUAAACUUCUUAGAAGAAUCCCAAAAUGAGCUCCACCGCAGGAAAUGUCUGAUCUGUUCUAACUUCUAACCCAAAGCACAGAUAUGAUGAGUCGAGGAGAAACUUACAUGUUAUGGAAGACGAAGUGACAUGCUUAUAGCUGUGGAGCAGAGAACUCUUCUUGGGAAGGACAAGGAGUUUAGAUUUCGCCAAUGGAAUAAGUUCGGUAGUCUUGGUAAUGCAGUUUGAGCUGAGGAAACAAGCUUCCAUCUUUCUCUCUUUUUGCUUGCAAAUGGAUAAUUUUGCUUAGAUGUGUAUGUUUUUGGCUCUUACUUAGAUUAGAUGGAAGAAUAUGAAGUGGUACUACUAUGUACAAAAACUCCCAAAUUUUAUUGGAAAAACAGGCAAUAUCCACCACACAUAUAGUUAGUUAGUGUGUUAAGUUGGAUAGGGUGGCUUUUGCACUUUUUGUACUCUGCUGGCCCAGUGGAUAUGGUGUGAUGUGGCGAAAAACUAUAGGUUAAAAAUGUUCAUGUUCAUCUACCAA